UGAUUAUAAACAGUGUUGAUUUUUUUUCGGUCUUAAGACAAAAUAUAAUUUGAUGUCUCAUCACCUACCUCUCUCUUUUUGUUUAAGCUACUUUGUUAAGCAAUUAAUACAUGUAUGUAAGCAUUGAAAGAAGAAGUGCAAAGUUCCGUCCGGUUGGCUAACAGACAAACAAAUCAAAGAAACAGAAAAUAAAUAUACCAAAGCUACAAUUUACUUAUGCAAGAUCAGCUUUAGUAACCAGUUUUAAAGUGACGUUGACAAGAAAUGGUGGAAAAAUACGGUAGUGUCCAUAGAAAGAAAAAGAUGUCCAGAAAGUGUAAUAAAUUUUUGGAGUCUUUAUUGAUUCUGCUGCAUGUCGUACUAGAUUAUAUUUUGGAAUUUGUUUUGGGUUGGUAUUGGGGUCCUAAGCGUAGAUGUAGUGCGCCUGAAGAUAAAAAACAAAAUGACAUUGUUUCAAAAAGUGCAGUGGAGCUGGCUUCGUUGAUUAAACAACGUAAAUUGAAAGCUUAUGAUGUUGUUAACGCGUAUUGUGAUCGUAUUAAGUCAGUUAAUCCGGAAAUAAAUGCUGUGGUGGAUGGUCCAUUUGCCGAAGCUUUGGAAGAGGCUAAAGAAAUUGAUCGUCAACUCGAUAGUGGUGAAAUAACAGAGGAAGCUUUAAAAACCAAACCAUUUUUGGGUGUACCCUUUACAACUAAAGAUAGUACAGCAGUAGGUGGCAAGUUGCAUACAUUGGGCUUGAUAGCUCGCAAAAAUGAAAGAGCCCCCGAAGAUGCGGAAUGUGUACGCUUGAUGAAGGAGAGUGGGGCCAUUUUUAUAGCCACCAGUAAUGUGCCUGAAGUAAACAAAUGGAUUGAAUCGCGUAAUAUGUUAAUAGGACAAACUAAUAAUCCUUAUGACUUAAGACGUUCUGUGGGUGGUUCUUCUGGUGGAGAGGCCGCUUUAAUUUCAGCCGCUUGUACUGGUUUUGGUUUGGGCACUGAUAUUGGUGGCUCUAUACGUGUACCAGCAUUUAAUUGUGGUAUUUUUGGCCACAAAUCCUCACCCAAUGUAGUCAAUAUGCGAGGUUGUACCUUCCGCUCGGGAAAAGAAGAAAAUACUAUGGUAGCAGCCGGUCCCAUGAGCCGUUAUGCCUCAGAUUUAUUGCCUAUACUAAAAGUUUUAGCCGGUCCUAAAAUGUGCGAAACUUUGAAACUUUCCGAAAGUGUUGAUUUGAAAAAGUUGCGCUAUUUUUAUAUUCCAUCAAACAAUAUGAAGCAAUGUAAUCCUGUUAAUCGUGAGACACAAAUGCGCAUGUAUCAAGUACGCCGACAUUUUCAAAAGCUAACUGGUGAAGAAGUUAAACUGGCUGAAUUACCCAAAUUGGAAUUGACCGGUAAAAUGUGGCGCUAUUGGAUGACUCAAGAGCCGGCUGACUUUAAUAAGCUCUUAGGCAAUGGUCUUGAUCUCAAUCCAUUUGUGGAACUUUUUAAGAAACUUAUUGGUCAAAGUGAUUAUACUAUGGCAGCCAUUUACUCUCUUAUCGAUUCGAUUUUGCCCAAAGAAAAAGAGCGUUUAAUACGCGAGGCUACUACACAAUGUAAAGAAGCUUUGGAAGAACUAUUGGGUAACGAUGGCGUCUUAUUUUUCCAUAGUUCUCCACGCACAGCUCCCUUUCACUACUAUCCUCUGGUCAAACUUAUGGAUUUCAGUUAUUUUUCCAUAUUUAAUAUUCUAAAAGUACCGGCAACACAAGUACCGUUGGGUUUAGAUGCCAAUGGUCUGCCUCUAGGUGUGCAAGUAGUGGCCAAUAAUAUGAACGAUCGUUUUUGCUUGGCUGUGGCUGAGGAAUUAGAGCGUGCUUUUGGUGGUUGGGUACCACCCUAUGCUGAAAAAUAAAGUUAAAUAUUUAAUAUUUGUUUGAUCUACUAAUAAUUUUAAGACUUUAAUAAUUUUCGAAACUUAGGUGAAAUUUUCAUUCCGUUAGUUUGGUAAAAGGUAAAACGAUUAAUAAAUAUAUUUAUAUAUUUUUAUAUUA